AGAUACUCUCUGUGAUAAAAGCGACAACUAUUGUUAAAUUUGAGAAGACUAUGGCAGGAGGCAUAAGCAGAAUUCAAGGAUUGCUAGGGCGACUGAUGGAAAAUAUUGCACAGCUUCAAACUUCGUUUCAUGAAAGCGUCGAAAAACAGGCUGAAAUGUCAGUAACCAAGGAGAGAAGGGAACUGCGAAAGAAAUUCAAGGCUGAACAAGAGGAAAUGCUUAAGUCAAGUAAAAGGGAGAGAAGUAACACUGAAGAACUUUUCACCGACAUUACCAGAUAUGCGCGACAAUGCCUCGAGGAAGUCAAACGCGAGAAGGACGAAAACCUGAAAGCUCUUACUCGCGAAGAAAAGCUUAAGAAUAGCAAGGAACUACAAGAGAUCAUAACAAAAACUAGGAAUGAUACCAUUGCCAAACUCAGCUCUUGUAGUGAAUCCCAACUCAAGGAGAUAUCUGAAAAUCCAGACUUAGUUUUGACAUGGGCUCCCAGAUGCGCGUCUUGUGGCAAAGAAAGCGAAUGGUUGUGUUUCUGCGAAGCUUGCAAAGUUACCCGAUAUUGUGAUGAAAAUUGUCAGGCGGCAGAUUGGGAAAGGCACCAGAACACUUGUGUUGGACUUAACUAGUUUCGUAUAACAGAAACAUUUUAUUGAUCUUUGAUUACUGAAUGAUCUUUGUGAGGAAUAAAACUAAUUGAAUUUUAUGCUCACUGCGUGAAUAAUUCGUUUCAACUCUUCUUUGCGAGUACCAUUAAGGCCCCGUCGGCACUACGCCGGGAGAAUUUGAUAACGGACCUUUAUUUCCCGGCUAGGCCUAGCGUCCACUCUAACCCGUCACGAAAAUGGAGCUCUUCGAAAACGCUCCUUAAACUGUUUUAGUGCGGACGGAAAACAUUUUGAGAGCAAAGCUUUUCAAAAGCGAUGACGUUA